ACUGACACUGGCAAUGAUUUUGUCUUCCAUAUGUUUUCAAGCGUCUUCACUUAAGUGUACAUAUUUAUGCCUACAUUUAACAAACACACGUCUACAUUUGGACUCUACAAAGCACAGCACAUGAUUAAGAAAACCAAUUCUGAAAUCAUAACUGGAUUAAAAAUCUUAAUUUCCAGCAUUUCCUUGGGCAAGUGAUUUAACCUUUCUAAACCAGUUUCCUCCUUUGAAAAAUGGAGACGAUUCCUAUCUCAACAAGGAUAAUAGGAAGAAUUACGCUAGUCGAUGUGUCAAGUGCCAGUGUAUCACAUGGUAAGGCUCAUUAAAUAGUAGGCAAGGCUCAUUAAUAUUACAGCAACUAUCAUUUGUACGAGAGACUGUCGGGCAUCAAAAGUCAUUUUUGAAUGAAAGCACAGGCAACCAAUAGCACAGAGUCGUCCCGCUCGUCCCCUUUAUAAUUUCUUACCUGCCUAAGGACUGGCACCUCGGCUUAGUGCACACUGUCACCCUAAUCGCCCAUUAAUUUAUCAAAUAAGGCGACCCAAAACCUCCAGGCGUAUCUUCUUAUAAGGACCCGGGCUUUUGAACUGGAAAGCUAAACAAGUAAAGGUGACAACUGCCUCAUCGGUCGUUUGCGGUGAGCGCUCGCCAGACGUGGAAGAGGAUCCAGUUCGCACCUGCCCAGGUGUCCGCGGCGGCUGGGAGAUCUGGGCCAACCCGGCCUGGCACCUGGUGAGCGCUCAGCGUGGCGUGGGAGCCUCCGGAAACCUCAGACCCGAAGGUCUCUGUUGGCCGCGGUGGGUGCAGAGGUUGCUGAGGGCGCGCGUCCCCCCUCCCCCUUUCGCCGGGCUGUCGGGGCUCUCCGGGACAGACACCUGGAGGACGCCUCCAAUCCCCGCAGGGCGCCACGCCCGCCGCGCCUGCGGCGUGGGGAAAUAAGAGGUGAGCGCCAGGCCGCCCAGGUAAAGCUCCAGCUCCGGCUGCGCACCUCGAGGACGCCAGUUUACGCGCAGGGAGGACCCCGCCGACCGUGAGGCCAUGGACGCGUCGCGGGGUAUCGGCACCUUCACGGUGUGGGACUACGUGGUGUUCGCCGCCGUGCUGCUGAUCUCCGCGGUCAUCGGCAUCUACUAUGCCUUCGCGGGGGGCAGCCGGGAGACCUCCAAGGACUUCCUGAUGGGCGGCCGCAGAAUGCACGCCGUGCCGGUGGCGCUGUCCCUCACCGCCAGCUUUAUGUCAGCCGUCACCGUCCUGGGCACCCCCGCCGAGGUCUACCGUUUUGGGACCAUAUACAGCAUCUUCGGCCUCACCUACUUUCUAGUGGUGGUCAUCAGCGCGGAGGUCUUCCUCCCAGUGUUCUAUAAACUGGGAAUUACCAGCACCUACGAGUAUUUAGAACUUCGAUUUAACAGAUAUGUUCGUCUCUUAGGAACAAUCUUCUACAUUAUUCAAACA